AGGUCUGGGUUUGCACACAGGCACCAGUAGUCAGAGCAAGAACUGUUUCUACUCACAAGAUGCAGGAUUUGUGGAUUUUACUCUUUUUCAUGACUGUACCAUGGAUGUUUUGUGGAACAGAAAGAAAUGAUAAACUCAUGCAUAGAAACAGAGGAAUAUUGAAAAGAAUAGACCAUGAACAACUAGCCUCAGAGAGUAGAGUGUUCAUGGAAGUCAAGAGGGGAAAGAAAAAGGUCAUUCCUACCCCAGACUACGAUAGUGUAGGCGAUGCAGAUGACAAAAAUCUUGGAGCAGACAAUAAAGAUGAUAAGGAACUUCCUACAUGCUUGAUGUGUGUGUGUCUUACUGGAUCAGUGUACUGUGAGGAGAUUUCUCCUGACAUGACAACAGUUCCACCUUUGCCAAAGGAAACUGCUUUCUUCUAUGCACGCUUCAACAAAAUCAAGAAAAUAGCCAGCAAAGACUUUGGUGAUAUUGCCACACUGAGAAGAAUUGACCUGACUGGCAACCUGAUCUCUGAAAUAGAGGAUGGAGCCUUUUCAAAACUAAGUCAGCUUGAGGAACUUACGCUAGCUGAGAACAAGCUGGUCAAACUGCCAAUGUUGCCUGCAAAACUUGUGUCUCUCAAUGUCAAUCACAACCUACUUAAAACAAAGGGAGUAAAAGCAAACAUUUUCAAGAAACUCAGCAAGCUGGCAUACCUCUACCUUGGAGAUAAUGAACUGGAGGCGGUCCCACCCCUGCCUGAAAGUCUGCGUGUAGUUCAUCUACAUAAUAACAAUAUAACAACAUUCACAGAUGAGACAUUCUGCAAGGGAAACGAAACACACAUUAGGUACAACAUGCAGGAGGUUCGGCUUGAUGGAAACCCAAUAGUGCUGGCUCAGUAUCCCAACAGCUUCAUCUGUCUGAGAGCUCUACCGAUUGGACAAUACAAAUGA